GGAGAUGAAACAGGUCUCACGGCACUGGAGUACAGCACGUCCUAUCAAGUGCCUGUGCACUGCCUGUGCUAAAAGUGAGAGGUGACAUCAAGUGAUCAGUUAGCCUGUGAGCAAGGCACACGCCUGGGGAGAGUUUGGUCUAACCGUAGGUUCUCUUAGGCAACAGCAACUUGUCUUUCUGCCUCAGCAAUGGCAGAAGCUGUUAUAAGACACUGGGUGGAAACUCCUGUACGCUAUCAAGAGCAGUUUGCUGCCGAGGAGCUGGAAGAACACAAACUGAAUCACUCUCUUUAUGCUUUGCCGGGACCUUUUACAGCUGCACUGAGCAGAAGAGGGCAAAUUCUGGAAAGUACGGAUGGGGCCGAGGCGACCAGCCAGGAAGAAGAAAAGACGGGCUUCCAGGUCUUGCUGGAUGUUGUGCAGUUUCGCCCAGAAGAUAUCAUUAUUCAGACUUUUGAAGGCUGGCUCCUGAUCAAAGCACAGCACGGACCCAGGAUGGAUGAGCAUGGCUUCAUAUCCAGAAGCUUUACCAGACAGUACAAACUGCCCGACGGAGUGGAGAACAAAGAUUUGUCUGCACUCUUCUGCCAUGAUGGCAUUUUGGUUGUUGAAAUGAAGAACUCGGUGGGAAUUAAUUAGUCUUGUCCAUAGCUUAUCGGUGAGAUAAAUUUAUUCUUAAUAUCACAAAUGGUAUCAUUGAAGCAGUGCUGUGGAGUGUAGAAAGCAUGUGGCUGUAUUUAUAUUACAGAAAAGGAGAAUAAUCAUAUAUAUUUUUCAGCAUGCUGAAUUUGUUGUUUGAUGUGAAAUGUUAGACCACUCACCUCCAGCUAAGCAUAUGCUGGAAAGCCAGACUUUUUGAACUGCAGAAAAGUUAGGCUAAUCACAGUAUGAGAAACAAAGGAUAUAUUUGAUAAUACUGAAAAUAAAGCACAUUUAAGGGUUCAUCUAAGGAUUCGUAUUUCUAAGCAGUAACUAUUUGUAAUAUAUAAUCAUAAUCAUUAAAGAAGCAAUAAACAGGUUGUGAGUUCUAUGUAAAUCUCAUUUACAUACAAAAAUGUGAUUUAUAAAAUUUUUAGAUUAAAUUUUUCUCCUGCAAAAGCACACAAAAUAAACUAUCAAGAAAGAAAAAUCACUGUUUGAAUUUAUAAACAAAUUAUCCCAGAGAGAGUACAUUUUAGAUGUGUUACAUAUUUGAAAGUAUACAAAAACAAAAUAAUCACCGAUUACCUUUGUUUGAAAAUACAGUAAAGUAGAAAUGUGAUUUUCUGUCAAAGACAAAGGAAAUACUGUAAAAGAUUUAGGAAGCUGUUUUUGUUUAACACAUUGAGAUAUCUGUUAGCAACUGAAGAAAAAAUAUACUGCUUACAAAGACUCAAAAGGACCAAACCAUUAUUUGUGAAUCCCUACUAAUAAAAAGGCACUACUGGAGUACGGAUGCCUUGAUUAUUAUUCACUGUCUUAUUGAUCAAUCAGUUGAACAUUUUAUUCUUUGUGUUGCUUGGCAAUAUAGGCUGACAUACCCCAACUAUAUCUUAAAAACUUUCCUGCUGGCUUUUUCUCUCACUCUCUCUAUGGGCUCUACAUAGAUCCAAUUUUAAGGGAAAGAGGGGAAGGAGUCCUUACUACAGACACAGGUCUAAUUUCUCUCCCAGUUUCUCUCAUCUAAAAAGAGUGGUAGAAAUUAAAAAGCAUUUGCCCACUAUACCUAGUAGCUGGACUUCUCAACCUUUAAAAAAAAUGCCCCAUGUGAAUUUGCAAGUGCUCAAACAUUUGAGAAUAUCUACAGUUGCAAAUUGAACUGUCUCACAUAUACUGGAGAUAAGUUUGACUGCUGUGCUAUGAAUAGUAGAGGAAUGUGGAAAGGAAAGUGCCAAGUUAAAUACAGACUCUUUAUGAUAGCCAUCUGCUAUAUGGCCAAAUGAAAAACAUAUUCAAAUGAAAUUGAAUACCAAUAUAAUUUGAAGACUGUGAAAAAAAAUCUGAUGAACAGAACUGUGGCUCUUGCCGGCUGAAGCCAGAGAGUUUCUUCAGUUUUAAACAAAAGCCAAACUAUGUACUUCUGCACACAUCCAUUCAUUGGGAAGAUUUAUGUCGUGACUGGUUAGACUUCAAGGCAUUUGAAAGCAGUUCACUUAUAAAAGUGAGGAGUCCAAUUUUUGUAUUUUAUUUUGUAUUUGUACUAACAUGAAAUUCAUUUAAAAAAUGCAGAAUAAGUUCUAGAUUGUAAGUUUCCAUAACAAGCAAUUAUUUUGUUUUUGUUUCUGUUUUUUAAUUAAGUAGAAGUCAGAAACAGCUAUUUUCUACAAAAUCAGGCUAAAUAAAAUCAUAUGUCCCUAAGUUUUUGUUCAA